UUUACCCCGUGCCUAAAGCCUGUCAAAGCUCUCAAAGUACUUCACAACACAAAAGUUAUGGCCAUGCGUUGCCCUCUAGUCAUCAACAAACUACAACUCCCAAAUCCCCCUCGAGCACGCCACAUUAUUGCUUCAGCAGCGCAGAUUCCUGCCCUAAUCCUCACAUGCACUGCCGCCCCAGCCAGCCUACACCAAUGGGCGGAGCGCGCCCUUUUCACGUGACUCAGAGGAGUGGCCGCCCUGUCUCAGGAGUUUAUGCUGCUCGUUCCUUCUAUUUACUAUUUUUUUUUUAACGCUGCCUAUACUUCUACCGAUCCCCCGAUGAGCGUCGAGGGGGGAGGCCGCGCGUGAUUCUGCGCCGUGUCUGGAGUCAAUGUAACCCGACGCGAGAGAAGUUAUCGGGAAGGCACAGAAGGAUCGGCGAUCUUAGCUCUCGGUAUAGUAAUCUCUUCUUUUACCUGAUCUGCCAAAGAUGGUUGAUCGCUUAGCAAACAGCGAGGCAAAUUCAAAACGUAUAAACCUAGUGGAAGGUUGCUUUGGAACAGCUGGCCAGCCUUUGGCAAUCCCUGGCCGAGUUCUCAUUGGAGAAGGGGUGCUAACAAAACUUUGCAGGAAGAAACCAAAAGCCAGACAAUUUUUCCUGUUCAACGAUAUUCUAGUCUAUGGUAAUAUUGUUAUACAGAAAAAAAAGUACAACAAGCAGCAUAUUAUUCCUCUUGAAAAUGUUACCAUUGACACCAUUGAAGAUGAAGGAGAGCUGCGCAAUGGCUGGUUGAUAAAAACCCCUACAAAAUCAUUUGCAGUCUAUGCUGCCACGGCCACAGAAAAAUCUGAAUGGAUGAAUCACAUCAAUAAGUGCGUCGGUGAUUUAAUAUCCAAAAGUGGGAAGACGCCUAACAGCGAACACGCUGCAGUCUGGAUACCCGAUUCGGAGGCAUCGAUUUGCAUGCGUUGCAACAAAGUGAAAUUUACCCCCGUUAAUCGUAGACAUCACUGCCGGAAAUGCGGAUAUGUCAUUUGUGGACCAUGCUCAGAGAAGAGGUAUCUUUUGCCAAGUCAGUCUUCCAAGCCUGUGCGGGUUUGUGAUCUCUGUUAUGAUCUUCUAUCCAAUGGGGAUUUCUCUUCCUGUCUGCCUAGCAGAUCGGACUCCUUCUCCCACCCUUCCAAGUUCAAAAAUAAUUUGUCAGAUGACGACGACGAUGAGGACAGCAGUGACUAAAAAAUAAGCCACAUCUAAAAGGGAUAUUCUUUAUUUGGAAACCUGAACUGCUUUUAGAUGAUAGUGUUCAUCUUCAUGGACCUUCUGUCAACCCAAAUUAGUGGGGGGUUUUGUUCUUUGCAAAAUAUAUUUCUUCAUGUGCCUCAAUUUACAAUGCUUCUGGUUUCUUCAGGGAUAAACUAUAGAUCCUGUAGUUAUUACCUUGCGGCUACUUUGUGUCUCAACUAAGAUUUUUUUAAAGUUGAGUGUGUUUCAUGCCGGUAAAAGUAUUGUAAGGAAUAAGGAAAGUCAAGCCCUAUUUUACUCGACACAAAUCUUUAUAUCAAAUAUUUAAACUGAGAUGCAAAAUUGACCAUGUUGUGCCUUAUGAUUGCUAAAAUGUGAGCACCCCCCCCCUUUUUUUUUUUUUUUUGACAUAAUCACAUAUUUGGUGCUUGGUCAAACACUAUAGGAAAAAAGAUUUCUUCUAUGUAAGGCUAAGAAUAUUUUCUUCUUUUUUUCAGUUUUUCCAGGAUGCUUUUAUAUUAUUUUUACCAAAUAAAAUUUGGGCUGUUUAGCCUAAAAACUUGCAAUCAAUAUAUGUAGUUUUAAAUCUUUUUCUGCAUUUUUGUUAAAGGCCAUAGAAAACAGAUUUUUAUACAAUCACCUUCAAUCAGGCAAAUACAAUCCCAUGUGUUUUUGUUGUUUAAACCCCUUGUACAGUAUGAUGAACUCUUCCCUAGGCUGCCUGAGAAACUGUAGGGGGAUGCGCAAUUACACUAGUGUUCAAAAGUUUGGAAUUGAUCAGAAAUCCUCAGGUUCUUAAUAGUAAUCGAAACCAAAGUAGCCUUUAAUUGAUGUCAAUAAGUCAACAAUGUCCUAUUCUUUUUAUGUCACAUGACUGUUGUUGUAUUCAUCAGACGUUACAUUCAUCAAAGAAUCUGCCAUUUUAGCUUUACAGCAUUGACAUUCUAGCUAUUUUAGCCCAGGCCUUCUGGAGCUCUUCUCAGAGGUGCAGUGGCUUAUAGAGAAUUUUUCUCAUGUUUAUACAGUGCUCUUCCCACGAGCUUGAUUUCAUGUCUAGCGAUUGUACCGGGUCCUUCCAUCAGAUACAGUAUGAUACAGUACUCUGCUUUUGGUUUCUUCUCCAUAUAGGUUUUGCACAGCUUUAGAUCACUGGUCUGCCCCUUUCAAUUUCAAUCACAGGGGAUGGCAUGAAAAAAAAAAAAAUUUCCUAGUGUUUUCAAACUUAUGCAGAAUGUUGAAUUUCGUUAUAUUUGGGGGCAGAUUUAUUAAAGGGCAUGUAAAGGCAACAAAAUAAAAUCCCAUUUUUACUUUCUUUAAUGAAAAA